AUGGCUGAUAUGCGCGCCCAUCCUGAGGUUAUCACAGCCUCAUUUCCCAAUAUUGAGCUUCAAUGCGAGAUUAAGUACAAGAAUUGCGAUCUUUCAGAAAUUACACAUGUUGUUGCCCACUUGUCUAAUAUUAGAGCCUGUAACAUCAUGAAGUCUACCACCGGAGGCCCCUGUGAUCCCUACCCCGAAGAAGAUGCUCUGGAUUUUAUUGGAAAGAUGCUGUCUCAGACAAUUUUUGGCAAUGAAAAUCAGCUGGAAUGGCUAGGGGCUGAGUGCCAUGGUAGACGCCAUUUUGUUGCAUUCACCAACACCCCAAAGAAGGGAAAGCGUGUGGAAGGGCAGGGCCUCGGAAUUGACAAGUUUCAGGUGAUUGAGGCUAUGUUCGUAAGGCCCAAUUCUCAGGAGAAGCAGAAAGUCUUUUGGAGGCCUGCCCGCGAGGUUAUCUGUCAAAAGGUCGCGGUGAAAGCAAAGAAUGCAGUCGAAAUGGUUCGGAUUAGAGUGGUGGGCAGAUUUGAUGCAGCGCCUCCUAAGACGAUCAAGAACUGA